AGAGGGGAGGGAGAGAGAGAGAAUUUAAAUUGGCGCGAGUUUGAAAGCAUCAUUUCGUCGCUGCACUUCUGCAUACCAACGAGAGAGGAUGGUUUCAUGGUGCGCGGUUAUGUCGAAGUGAAAAGAAGUGAAGCGUCUUCGAUGAGGUCUAGCAAAGGCGAAUAAAAGCGAAUGCGAAAGUUCACGACACACGUUGGUAACAAUGCGACAUGAAUGUUUGGCGUUUGUUGUCGUUGUUGAGGCGCAAUAGACGCGUUCGAAGCUCCAAGCUAUGAGUGCCUUGAUGUGAUUUUUUGGAAAUUACGAGGCAGUCCAACGGAAGCCAUGGAAGCGUUAUUGCCCUCCGAAGUAGCGCGUUUAGUUCUUGGUUACUUGGAGGAUCAGAAGUGUACUGAAGCAGCGAAAAUGUUUUUGGAAACAUCUCCUCAUUUGCAGGAAUGUCGCAUGGUACUUUCUCUUGGAAAGAGAUUCAGUACCAAAGUCAGUGGGGUAACAUUAAUGGACAUUAUUGAAAAGUUUUCUGCCAUUAGCACUAUGAUUCAAGAGCGGCUGAACAAGGCCACGGACUGCGAGCAACUGAAGCACUGUGGAGACUUAAUAGAGCAGCUCAAGUUUCUCGUCGAGGAACCACGUGGCCAGCGAUUCGUCGUAAACAUUAAUGUGCCUUCACAGAGCAGCACGCAAACGUCAAAUGGCUCUCCAAUUAUUGCAAGCAGUAUGCGCAAAAGGCGGCACAGCAAUAGCGAACGGAUGAAGCGCGCUGUUAGCAAAUCUCAAUCGAGUGGAUCGCAACAGUCGAACAUAAUGAGUCCACCAAGCUGUCACAAUCUCGAGACGACGCCAUUGGAGAGUCUACCCGGGAAUAACGAUCCACUAAAGCAAUUGGAGUGUAAUAUUGACGCGGUUGAGAAGACGGACGACAAUGUCGCACAGGAAUCUUAUAAGCCGUGUAAUUCCGAGAAUAAUAGCGGUGCUAACAACGCUGCCGUGCGUAACGGGAGCAGUAGUGCUCGAAUGAGUUUAGACGAUGUCUUGAGUGUGCCAAGCUGCGAAGUGGACGUCGAUGACAAGAGAAAGGAGGAAUGUUGUGUACCCAGUACGACGCCGAAGCAAUAUACCGCAGCCACGAGCACGGAAGAAUUGUUGACUUUCUCCAGUACAGAGGUCCAAACCAUUCCUUACGAAAUACCCGAGUCGGAGUCGGAAUCUAACGACGAGCCUAUUGAGAAUCUCAGUAUAUUAACGAAAGAAAUCUUGAAUCGUACAGACUUACAAGAGUGUAUUGCGGAGAAUAUCAACAAGGCGAUCAUUCCUACAGAACUAUCUCUCAGAGACGAGAACUUGAAUGAGUCGCUGGGCAUAGAAGGCAAUACCUCGAUUAUGGCCGAAUUGAAUAACGCCAUUAAAUCGAUCGUCGAAGCGACGGAAUCCGAUCCAGUGUUUGAGAAGUUUCUCAAUGACAUCAUCGGCCCACAUGAAACCGACACGAGUCCGGAGGAGGACGGCGAGGGCAAGCUUAGUCCGAAGUCCCUCACCGAAGUACAAGAGAAGCAACCGGAGCCGGGUUUGAGCAAUAUUAACUCACCGGAGCCGAUGACGGCAGACGUCCGAGUACCCACGGAGAGCGGAAGUACGCCGGACGUGCCUUUGAAACACAGGCUUCGCAGCUCGUCCAGGCAGCAGUACAACAGAAUCGAGGAUGAGAUCGAUAAAGCGAAGGAUCAAGAGAGGGAACAGAUUGCCUUGGAGGAUCAAAACGCCGCUGCGGUGUUGAGCAUCAUAAAUGCCAAUAUUAUCAAUGCGCCUGACGGAGACAAGAAGAUCCUCGAGGGCGCGAAAGAACCGACGGUGACGAAUAACGAUAACGGACAAGAGAACAACGUACAAGUGACGGUACCUGCGCCAACUAAAAAUGAUGCGUCUCUAAAGCCGUUGGAGCCGCCUGACGCAAAGAGCACGGAUAACGUUGCGCUGUCCGCAAGCAGCAACGUUGUGGAGCCUAAAGCGAGAAAGUCGACGGUGAAACGACCGAGACCUAGAAAGCCGAAGCACGAUUCGGCGACUAGCGGCAACGAGCAGGCGCCGAUGACGGAGCACGAAAUCAUGGCCAUGCCGACGUUGAUAGUGUGCUCGAAGGAUGAAGUAAAUAACCUUUUGAUAAAUCACACGUCGGCGUCCACCUCGCGCUUCAUUCCGAUCGCGCCGAAGGACCCGCACAGAAUCCAGAAGUCUGUUGAGACUCUUUACCUGAAAACGGUAAAUGUGGCGCACAAGAUGCCGAUAGUCAGGACACUGCCGCCGUUGACGGAGGAAACGAGUGCUUCUGCGGGCCACGCGCAGUUGCAAAACGCCAGAAUGAGCAAGCCGUUGAAGACUGCGCAGGAAAUCGACACGAGCUCGUUGUUCCGGCCACCGUUGUUCACCAAUUCGUCCGCUCAGAAGCAGAAGACUCCCAUGAAGGAUCGUCAGUCCUACAACAUCCCCAUAGCCACAAGGAGCCCGGCGCCCAAGCUCAUGGGCGGUUGGGAUAAAUGUAACGGCGUUGGCGUCAUUAUAGGUGACGUAUCUCCUCAUGGAAGUACCAGCGCGUCCUGCUCUUCGUCCGAUGACAAAAUCAUACAACCGUCCAGAACGUUAGCAGCAAGUUGGGAUGCCGAUUUGCGCAAAAGCAUCGAAUUGAACAAGCAAGAGCCGACGGAGACGAAAAGGUCCGCGAAGAGGAAGCUUUGCUCGAAAGAGAAAACCGAGGGAUUACACAAGAAAGUCAAGUACAAUUCGCGAUCAACCAAGAACAGGAACGGGAGAAAAACGUGCGAGGCGAACAAGGAACCCAUCAGUUCAACUCACGAUACAAAUAUCAACAAUCCAGAAGAGAAUCCUCGAGUGAGCAUGAAAAUUACGGUGAAAAGAAGUCAGUGUCUCGCUGACUUACCAGUGAAACCUGCAGCAGAGUCACGAAACAGCGAGCAGAAUGCGAGAAACAUCAUUAAAGCUGUUUACUUCGCUGCGAAUAAAUCUGAAAAGAUUUCGGAGUCGAGCAGUAUUUCCGAGAAAUCGGUAAAAGUGACGGAUAAUACGAUAAUAAAUACAAACGCGAGUAAAAGCGCAGUCGAAAAGAAGCCUGUGAAGAAAUAUGCGCAGCUGAAGACGAUAACGACCAAUCUGCGGAAGAAAUCCGACAGCGAGAAGAAUACAAGAAAUAUAGUGGAGGACAUCACACAGACAUCGGAGAUCUCGAGGAUUUUAUCUACGGACAAUACGCAACACAUGUUGCAAUUGCCGGACAUGAUUAACCUGGAGACACCCAGGAAAUUGGACAACACAUCCGGUCCGCCGCCAACACCGAGGGUACUGAGCCCUGGCAGUAACGUGAUUACGCCGUUUAUCAAGGCGUUCAGCGAGGACUCCAACAGGAUACGCAGCUUCAUCGCCACGCCAGAAUUUCCGAUAACCCCGUGCAUAGCUAUAAGCCCGAAAGAGGAGACGACUAGGGACAUACUAAAGAGAGGAGAAUACAGUUCUCCGUACUACAAGCCCGAGUCCGAACAAGCUCAGAAUUGCGAGAAGGUGCCUAAAUCGAAAACCGAUGAUCCGCAGGAGUCACCGAUCAUAUCUUCGUCGCACAUACAAUUGCAGUCAACGCACAACGCUCUCGCCUCUUGCAACGCUUAUCAGACAUCCACCUCGAAGCUGGAGAUUACGCAGUUCGAAGUGAUCAAGGAGAAUCUGCCGAAGGAAGAAGCCAUCAGGGAGUUGAAAAUCGCGUCCACUCCCAAGGACUCGGCGAGUGCGACGGAGGUCAAUACUCCUACCGAUAUCGAUCAUCACAUGGAUCUGAUACAGAUUAACGAGUCUAAAAGCGUGAACGAGCAUCGCGAGAUGAUUGACGAUAAUUAUGCUGCCGAUUCUCACAACGAUUCACACAAUGAUUCUGUCAAUGACGGAACCGUGGACAGCAACAGCUCAUCGUCAUCUGAUUCAUCGUCUUCCUCCUCGUCCUCUUCCUCAUCCUCUUCGUCGUCGUCUUCGUCCAGUAGCUCGAAAACGUCGGUGUCGUGUUCGCCUAACGGGAAAUAUAAUGACAAGGCGCCAAGUAAAGCGAGCGUAGAUACUAGUAGCGACUGCGCGGAGAAGAGCGUCGAUGCGCUAAAGAAUGCAAACGUAGGAGCGAACGAUGCAACUGCGAUCGCACCGUCUGACGCGUACUGCAAGAACAACGACGCUGUUUUCGUGAUCAAGAGGGACUCGUCGUCGAGGAAGGUGUUUGCGAUCGCGAAAACCGAUGAUGAAAUUGGGGCCACGCUGAAGGAGACUCCCGUCAAGGAUGAGGCACUGUUGAACGAAGUUGACAUCUCGGAAACACCCAGCAGCUCUAAAGGUGGAGUGGAGUGUUUGAUGACGAAUUUGUCGACGAAAAUAACGGCGAUUAUAACGGAAGACGAGAAACUGUCGAAAUCCAGUAAAUCGCCAAAGCGGAGAGAUAAGAUUGCUGUCAGGUCACGAUCAAAAUCGAAGCCGAGGAUAGUGAAUGUACAACGCGUCCGGUCGCCGUCGAAGAGUACCGUCGCGCUUGCAAAUUCGAUGAAAACCAGAUGUCGGUCGGAGCAUGAACAGCACGCGUGGCAAACCGACAAGCUCGCGCAAAAGCAGCAGCUCGAGGAAAAGAGGCAGCGCAUGAUCGCAAAAAUCCGAGACAACGCGAAAUCGAGCCUUCCUAGCGGAUCAAGGCACAAGCACAUUGUACGGGGAAAGAUUUCCAAUAAUCUGAAGAGAGGCACUCAGCAUAGUACAGCACGAAAUAUGCGAUCAACCGCAAAGUAUCAAGUAUCGAAGUAUACCACAAAAGUCAAUAAAAACGUUAAUAAAAGUGCUGAGAUAAAUGCACAAAAGGAACAUAAAUUGCAGGAUCUCGCAAAUGAACAGAACCCGGUUAUCACAUCAGAGAACACUGAUCCCAGCUCAAUGAAUCAUGAAAACAAUAAUGGCAAAUCGCUCGAAGAUCAUGCAACGAAACAAUCGCACAAGAACACCUGCGACAUAAAAAAUAAUUUAAUUGAGAAUAACGAGGAGAGCGAAUCGUGCAAGAAUUCCUUGCCAAAGGAUCAAGAAGAUUCAAAAGGAAAAUUAGGCGUUAAGGAAAUCGCGGAGAAGGGUUGCAGUGUUAAAGAUAACAUUGCCAGAGAAAAAGCAGGAGAGACGCUCAAAGAGGACGAUAACGCAAAGAACCUGGAAAGGGAGAAAAAUUCUACCGAGAAGCACGUAGUCGCACACGAAACUGCAGAAUCGAACAAAGCAAAGCAGAACGCACGCAAUCAGACGGAAGAUAAAACAACCAAACUGAGAUUCGCGAAUCGCGUCGACGAGACGCAUUCAAUGAAAAUAAUGAGACACAAGGUGGAUCAAGUGAAGCGAGACUUGUUCAGCGACGACGAAAACGAUCACCGUGCGCAUUCGUCCGCGAGCGCGAGAAAUGAGAAAACUAAGAGAAUCGCCGAGACGAAAAUUGAAAAGCCGGAAUCUGUCGAAGUUCCAAGCGCAGUCGAGGACGUUGAUACUAACGCUCUCGAGAAUCCUAAAGAGGAGUUGUCGACUGUUCUCCAGUGUCUGCAAUUAGUACCGGCGCAGAAAAACGAACAAACGCAUAGUGAGGAGGACCAAACUGAGAAGCAGAAUCAGCAGGAGCAAACUGAACACGAAAUUGGAAAAGAAAUCGGUUAUGGGCUGCAACAGACGGCCAACAAUUACAAAGCCGAGUAUCAUUUUGUGUACGACGAUACGGUGCCGACGAGGAAGAGGCGGAGGAGAUAUAGCGGACACGAGCUACAGAUCGAAAUCAAUUAUGCCGAUCUGUCCGAUCCGAAUCCGACUGAGAGCAUAAAAGUGUUGAAAGCCACCGAAUACGAGGAAAUAUUUAAUCUGCCGCCGAAAUCGAGGAAACGGACGAUGAACAAGAAACCGUCUACCAAGAAUGAGAAAGGUUGCGAGACGCACAGAGCGGACACUGGCACGUUCACUUUAAAAGACACUGCAAAACCUUUGGCCACGUCGUCUCCAGUAAACGAGUCGCCGAAGGCUAAAAUGAAGAAGACCGUCGCAAAGACUACGACAAACAGAAGCGACGACGACGCGCAAGCUGACACCAAGCAAAAGCAAAAACUCGACAAGCAUCAGGAAAAAGAUGCCACUGUCAAGCAUCGAACGAGAAAAUUAUCAGAAACAAAAGAAAUAAAACCGAUUGAGAAAAAGUGCAGAACCGAUCCGCAAACAUUACUCAGCAAUGUUUUGGACAAAGUCGGUUUGGAUGAAUUCUUGGCUACUGUUCAUGGACCUGAAUAAGUACUCUCUGCAUUGUACAAAUGUAUAUUACACAACUCACUGUAUAGAUACCGAUCUUCAUGUAACAUAAUUCUUUCUCUCUUCGUUUUAUGAUUUUAUUAAUGUAUACAGCGAUUCGUAGCAUUAGUACUUUGUUAUUGCUUAUUUUGCUAGUCUAGAUAACUUAACAUUUUUAUACGCGCGCGCAUAUUUUUAUACUUUGAUUUUCGAAUUAUUCUAUGCGAUCGUACAUUAACUUUUUAGCAUAGUUAACUAAAUAUUUGCUUUUUUAUAAUGUUAAAUUGAAGUCUCGUGUGUGAGACGUGUAGGAUCAUGUGUAAGAUACUUCUUCCUCUUAAUUUAAAGAAAGAUUUCUCAAGUAAUAUUUUUAAAAGUUUGGAAGAGUGUAGAUAGAUAGAUACGCGUGAUGAAUGCGUGGAUCUACGUAAUUGUAGACAUAGUAUUAUAACAUUGACGAUUACAUGAUAAAUUUUGUAGUAGAUUGUAAGUCUAAUUGACAAUACCCAUUGAAUUUUGCCGUUAACGCGUACAUGUAAAUAUGAUAUUUUGUGGUAUACAUAAAACUGAAAGUGUACAAUAUAUAUAUACAUAUAUAUAUAUAUAACAUAAGAAUUAACAUGUAACGUCAACAUGUAAUUCAUAUUUGAAUAUUCCAGUAAUUCUCAAGUUUAUUUAUUAAUUAGUAAACGCAAGAUUUAUUACAAGUGUUUAACUUUACACACACAGCAUUAAUAAUGGAAUUCAACAAACUUAUAUAUCACUCAUUACCCAAUUGUACUCGUCAAAAGUGGAUAAUUGAAAAUUUAAUUUGCAAAGUUUUUGGGUACGUAAAUUAGAUGCAACGUUGCUGAAUUUUACGAAAUCCGAUGUACUUUUUUCUCCCAAAUCAAAAUAUUUUCUUUAUUCGUUAUACAAAUAAAUAAGUAUUGUUAUAUAAGUAUUGUUUCUGAAGGAACAUUCUCCUGAUAUUUUAAGUUACAGUUGUAAUCAGAUAUUGAAAAAAAAAAA